UUAGAGGUAAAGAAUAAAAAAUCAGCACGACAAAUUUCGAACAGAAAAAAAAGCGACAGAAAUGCAUAUUAAAAAAAUAUUGAUUGAAAAGUAGAUAUAAAUGCGUAGCAAGAUAUCGAAUUUCUUCUCUCGCUACUCAUUUUCCUUACCAUGAUUUUAGGAACUGGAAAAAAUUUUUUAAAAAACAAAACCAAUGAUAAACAAGCGGGAUAUGGUGUCAGAAUUCAUAUAUGCUUUUUUUGGUCUACAGAAUGAGCAGUAUGCUCCCCAAUGGCAACUCUGGCAGUAAAUUAUUGACAUAUCGAUUAAUGAAUUGUUUGCAAGAAUAUGUUAGAUAAAAUAUUACUCGCAUCUUCGAACUCGGUCCAAAGGACAUCCGAGCAAAUUUCUUGAGCCAUCCUGAAUGGAAUGGUAACUUUUUUUUGUAGUUGUCAUCGAAAGGUCGAUUUUCUAACAAAAUUAAAUGAAAAAAUGGAAAAUAAACGAAUUGUAUUUCAAUUAUGUUUGACGUAGAUGACUCGAAAUAUCUACCAAGACACUUUUGACUCUACACCAAGAUAGUCACUUUACAUCUUUUCGUAAUUAAGAUGGAUUAGUACAACACGAAGAGAAAGAGUUAUUGUCAUUCGAUAAUUUUAAAAACUAACAUAAAAUUCAAUAAGAUGAAAAUCUUUAUGUGAUCGCCUGACCAUCGAGAGAUCCUAGAAUUUCACUUUCCUAAUGAUAGAGAGUAGCAAUCAAAUCAUUCGAAGGAUUAGGAACCGUAAAAAUUUGUCAACAAUAAAAUUGUUCGAAUGAUCAGGACCUGGGAAAUAGCCGACUAUAAUGAACGAGUAACAGAUGAAUUUUAUUCCGAUUAAAAUAAUUUAAAAAGUUGACCCUCAAUCAAACCAUUUUCGGCGGAAAUCUCAGUUGAGUAAUAAAAAUACAAAUUGUAAUAAUUUGACGACACUAUUGACUUUUAAACAGACAAAACCCUUUCUGCGACAGAACAAGGGUCAUAAUUACAAUUUUGCUAUCGAUUUGCUCGAUUUCGAAAUAUUCACAAAAAACUAACCAAUAGGCAAAAAAAAAGUCUUAUCUCAUGAAAUAGUUCAAACACGCUUUCAAUCCAUAAUGUUUUGUUUACACCGUCCGAAAACAUUAGUAUAACAAAGAAAUAGUUUCCUCCGUGAAAGAUUUAAACGCCUGUAUUUUCUGGUACUCCCCCACACAUCAACAUUUAUUGACAAGCUUAGAUGCUCGAAAGACGAGUUUUUCCUCGACAACAAUACUCCCCUCGCUGAAUAUUUUAAAAUAAUACCGUCACUCGUCAAGUCCAGAUGUUUGGUUUUCACAGGUAAACAAUAUUUUAUUUUUCCGUUGUGCGAUGGUGGACGGUGGGGUGGGGAUAGGAUGGGGUUGCCACAAGUUAUUUUCAUAACAUCAUUCUGGGGAUGUGAGAAUAGCAAAACCGUGCGAGCUAUGACGUCGGACUUUUGGGAUCACCCUUACUACACGCCUGCUAAAUUUUGCACAAGUAUCGUUGGACAGUGGCCGCAACAAACUAGAAGAAAAUUGAUUUUACAUCGUUCAUUGCUAUUUGUUAUGGUUAUUCUUCAAAUCACAUCCAGGGUGCUGGCAGUUGUUAUAAAUCGAGAUGAUUCUGAAGUUGUGGUUGACGCUCUUGGACCUCUGAUCAUCGAUGUGGUGUUUGCAAUAAAAUUAGGAAACAGCUGUUAUCAUUUCAAAAAAAUGAAAUUCCUGUCACGGAAAAUCCAAGAAAAUUGGAAUAUUUUCGAGCCGCAUAAUGGACUACAACAGCUACACUAUCACAGUAAUUUUGGAAGGCAAAUAUCCACAUUAUAUUUAGUGGGUGUGUAUAUGGGUACCGUUAGUUUCACAACGGAGCCAUUGCAGGAGCAAAUGAUAUACUCACUGCUCUACCCCAAUAUCACGGUGGCAAAACGCUUUCCAACCCCAAUGUACUUCGGCUCCCUCGACCUCGACACGUACUAUUAUCCGUUGUUCAUCGCAUCCACCUUUUGCACAUUUCUGGUAAUGACUGUGGUGGGUUCCUGCGAUGUGCUUCUAUUCAUGUACGCCGAACAUGCCUGUGGGUUAUUCAGAGGAUUAGGAUAUGCUAUUGAGAAUCUUCCGCCACAGGAGGAGAACGAGACGAGCGAUCUGAGUUUCUAUUACCUGCGGAGCUGUAUUGUCGUGCAUAAACGUGCCAUUGAUUUCGAUAGAUUUGCAGAAUGCAUUCGAGAUAUUUACCUCUGGAAUUUUUUUGGAGUUAUCGGUCUCAACAUGAUCCUGAUGAGUGUAACUGGAGUGCAGGUGGUGACGAACUUGGACGCUAUGGAGAAAGUCGUCAAAUAUGCUGUCUUCGUCUUCAUGCAGAUGGUGCACCUUUUCAUCGAGUGUUUAGCUGCCCAACGACUGAUGGACGCCAGUUUUGAGCUCAAAGAGACGCUGACCAACGCGAAGUGGUAUAUGGCAUCCAAGAAAACUCACAAGUUAAUCCUACUGAUGCUCAUGAGGAGUCAAAUUCCGAUUGUUCUGAGUGCUGGCAAGAUGAUUGUCAUGAACAUGGAUACUUAUGCUAUUGUUUUGAAAACAGCGGCUUCGUAUUUUACAGUCUUCUUGGCGAUGCAGUAACGUGAUGUAUUGUAUGUUAAAAAAAUUACACACGAUGAAAUGUAAUCACAUGGCAAUUGAGAGUUAUUAUUAAAAGAAUGGCUG